AUGGCCGCCGUCCUCAAAGGCCCCAUCCGAUCCAUCCUCGUCGUCCCCGGCAAUGGCGGCACCGCCCUCUGCCCCAAGGUCACCAACGUGACCGACGUCGACCCGGACGACUUCGCCGCCCUCGUCGAGUUCGCCCGCGCCCGCGGCGUCAACCUCGUCGUCCCCGGGCCCGAGGCGCCCCUCGUCGCCGGCGUGUCGGAGCACUUCCGCGCCGCCAACAUCCGCUGCUUCGGCCCGCACAACAUCCCCACCGCCGCCUACGAAAACUUUUCCGACCCGGCCCAGGCCCUGGCCUACCUCGACACCAUCUCCCACGACGUCGUCAUCAAGGCCACCGGCAUCGCCGCCGGCAAGGGCGUCAUCAUCCCCACCACCAAGGAGGAGGCCCGCGCCGCCGUCCAAGAAAUCAUGGUCGACCGCGCGUUCGGCGCCGCCGGCGACGAGAUCGUCAUCGAAGAGUACCUCGACGGCCAGGAGCUCAGCAUCCUCACCUUUUCCGAUGGCACCAACUUCCAGUCCCUCCCCGCCGCCCAGGACCACAAGCGCAUCUUUGACGGCGACCAGGGCCCCAACACGGGCGGCAUGGGCUGCUACGCCCCCACCCCCAUCGCCACCCCGGCGCUCAUGGACAUCGUCAACCGCGACAUCCUCGAGCCCACGUUCCGAGGCAUGCGCCGCGAGGGCAAUCGCUUCGUCGGCGUCCUCUUCACCGGCCUCAUGAUCACCAAGGACGGGCCCAAGGUCCUCGAGUACAACGUGCGCUUCGGCGACCCGGAAACCCAGACCGUGCUUCCCCUCGUCUCCGCCGACACCGACCUGGCCGACGUCAUGCUGCACUGCGUCGACGGCUGCCUCGACGGCAUCGAUCUCAAGAUUGACGACCGCUUCAGCGCCACCGUCGGCGUCCAGCUCAUCCAGUUCGACGGCAUGUUCUUCCGCAAGGACAUUGCCCACCGCGCCCUGCGCCCCGCCGAAGCUCCCGCCGCCGCCGAUGCCCAACCCCAAGACACCGGCCUCACCUACGCCCAGGCCGGCGUCAGCAUCGAGGCCGGCAACGCCCUCGUCGAGCGCAUCCGCGCCGCCGUCUCCUCCACCAAACGCGCCGGCGCCGACGCCGAAAUCGGCGGCUUCGGCGGCGAGCUCGACCUCGCCCAGUGCGGGUUCCCCGGCGCCCCCGUCCUCGUCGGCGCCAUCGACGGCGUCGGCACCAAGCUCAUGGUCGCCCAGGCCAUCGACAAGCACGACACCGUCGGCAUCGACCUCGUCGCCAUGAACGUCAACGACCUCGUCGUCCAGGGCGCCCAGCCCCUCAUGUUCCUCGACUACUACGGCUGCAGCAAGCUCGACGUCGCCGCCGCCGCCUCCUUCGUCGAGGGCGUCGCCGACGGCUGCAUCCAGGCCGGCUGCGCCCUCGUCGGCGGCGAGACCGCCGAGAUGCCCGGCCUCUACCACGGCAAGGACUACGACGCCGCCGGCGCCGCCAUCGGCAUCGGCGACGUCCUCCUCGGCCUCGCCUCCACCGGCGUCCACUCCAACGGCUUCUCCCUCGUCCGCAAGAUCCUCUCCCGCGCCGACGUCGCCUUCUCCGCCCCCGCCCCCUGGAACCCCUCCCUAUCCGCCGGCGAAUCCCUCCUCACCCCCACCCGCAUCUACGGCCUCGCCCACAUCACCGGCGGCGGCCUCGUCGAAAACCCCCGCAUGCUGCCCCCACCUCGCCGCCGAGAUCGACCUCUCCUCCUGGCCCCUACCCCCGUCUUCGCCUGGCUCCAGGACGCCGGCGCCGCGUCCCAGGUCCUCGCCGACGCCGGCGAGUCCGUCUUCACCGUCGGCAGGUUGGUCAAGAGGGCCGAGGGCGCCGAGGGCGUUGUUCUUCUCAACUCUUUCAAGAGGGCGUAG